AUGUCGGAUUACGGUGGUGACGAUGAUGCUGCAUUCGGCGCAGAAGAGCCUGAGGAUGCCUUCUACGAGCCAGAGGAGGACGAACAGGACAUUCUGCCCGAUGCUGACAUGGACGAGGAUGCCUUGCAAGCAAGAAAUGAGGUCUACGAUAAUGAGCGCAUGGAACUUGUGGAAGCAGAUGCCAAUGCAGUCGAUGGUGGUCAGAAAAGAACUGCGAAACCCGCCGGAGAAGACUCGAAGAAAAUCCCAGACGACAAAAGGACAACAACACCUUACAUGACCAAAUACGAAAGAGCUCGAGUACUUGGCACUAGAGCACUCCAAAUUAGCAUGAAUGCUCCACCUCUGGUUGAUCUCCAGGGCGAGACCGACCCUUUGCAAAUUGCUAUGAAGGAGUUUGAUGAAAAGAAGAUUCCUUUGAUUGUGCGAAGGUAUCUUCCUGAUGGCUCAUUCGAAGAUUGGACCUGCGAAGAGUUGCUAUGA